AUCUGCACAUUCAUUCACAGCUUGGAUAGAGAUCAUUAUGCACCAUGGCCAAGCUAUACAGGUUUGUCAAGCUCAACGAUAGGUUCAACGCCCAGAUAUUCACCUUCCUCCUGCCCGGAAAGAUCGUGCGAGAGUUCACGCCGGACUGUUAUGCCAAGGACUUCGUGUACGGGUACCAGCGCUGGGCCGUCAGCUUCGUGCGGAGCGACCGGCAUAUUGGCGCCUUUCUCAAACUGCAGACGACAACCCAAGGAAUCAAAUGUCGUCUCGAUUUCGCUUUUACCGUUCUGAAUAAAGACCACUUUACAAAGAAUGAACAUUUCAUUGAAAAGAGUUGUGAGUUCAGUCACGAAUCUAACGUCUUUGGAAGGAAAACUUUCAUAGAGAUAGACGACUUGCUUCAGAGAGGUUUCGUUCAGGAAUUCGGUGAUGUCCUCAUCGAGCUUGAGAUGCGAAACGUCGUGUGUCUGUACGAGUGUUACAUUAAGCUUCCGAAGGAGAACCACUCUUCCAAACAAGGGUACGGCGACAGAUUGGAAUCGACGUACUUCUCGUUCGGUUUGUUCGACUGGAGCGUAUCCCUGUUUCCGGACACCAGUUCAGUAGAGGCGGACGGGAGUGUCGCUGUCCAGCUGCAGAGACACACCAACUUCGACCACCUCAACAACGUCCGCUACAGGGUCAUCUUGGGGGAUGAGGGCAUGUUCGAUUCCGGGGAGAUGGAACAGGUUCUGGACAUAUCUGGAUUCGGAGAGCCGUUCACAGUCGGAGCGUCCGUCGCCAGACUGUCUAGAGGGAGGUCCACUCUGAGGAUAAAGGUCGAGAUGGUGUCCGUCGUGUCCGUCAGCGAGGUGACCAUGCACGGGCUGAACAGAAACACGUGCCGGGCGCACCUCUACGACCGCGACAAGCAAGCGUGGAUGCUCGAGGCCGACACGAGCGGCAAGUACCUCACCUUCAAACUCUACUACACCGACAUCUCGCACGUGCCCAGGAAGUUCUCCAGGUACGUCGCCUGGAAUGUCAAGGUCAUAUCCCAGAACACGUCGAAGCCCGUGAAGGCGCAGGACGGGCCGUUCUGUAAGUACUACGUGCAGCAGGACCUGGAUGAUGGCGUGCAGGCCAAGACAGACAUCCCAGUUGACGAGCUGGUGGACCCGGACAGUGUGUACCUGGAUCCGGAGGAGAGGAAACUGACCGUGCAGAUAGACUGGGUCGACUCGCACCUGUUGGUCCAGCCCACCUACAACAGCCUGGACGAUGUGCCCAGGAUACAUAAACAACAAAUGUGGCGCGAGAUAAUGGCGCUGCAGGCAGAAAACUACGCCCUGGAGAAACAGCUGUACAGUUACCAGCAGUCUAUUGCCAGGAACCACUCGAAACGGCGAGCCGACUCCGAACCUGGGCUCCGAGAACGGCGCCCACAGAGCUAGGGAGAUGAACCUUACACAAUCUACCACUGUCGGGACGGGAGUCCAUGAUAACCUACCAUGUGAAAUUUACGGUUGCUUUGCUGAUAGUUAACAUCUGAUGUAUACGAUUGCUUUGCUGAUAGUUACUAUCAGACGUUUACGGUUGCUUUGUUGAUAAUUACCAUCAGAAAGUAAUGGUUGCUUUGCUGAUAGUUACCAUCAGAAAGUAAUGGUUGCUUUGUUGAUAAUUACCAUCAGAAAGUAAUGGUUGCAUUGUUGAUAAUUACCAUCAGAAAGUAAUGGUUGCUUUGCUGAUAAUUACUAUCAGAAGUUUACGGUUGCUUAGCUGAUAAUUACCACCAGAAAGUAAUGGUUGCUUUGCUGAUAAUUACCACCAGAAAGUAAUGGUUGCUUUGUUGAUAAUAACCAUCAGAAAGUAAUUUACCACCAGAGGAUAAUAGUUAUGUUGUUGAUAAUUUAUCAUCAGGAGUUAAUGGUUGUGUUGUUGAUAACUUACCAUCAGGAGAUAAUAGUUAUGUUGUUGAUAAUUUACCAUCAGGAGAUAAUGGUUGUGUUGUUGAUAACUUACCGUCAGGAGAUAAUGGCUGUGUUGUUGAUAACUUACCAUCAGGAGUUAAUGGUUGUGUUGUUGAUAACUUACCAUCAGAAACCGUACCAAUGGUUGUACUGAUGAUAGUUACAAGCGGUUCGCAUUUGAUUAUGUUGAAUCCCUCAACUCUUGUUAAUGUCGCCGAUUGUUAAAUGCUACGCAAGACGGCUUAUAUGGUUCGAAUCCCGUCGGUUUCGCUUUGUGUUUUAUUACGACUGCAAUAGUUAAAUUUGUUAGAAGUGCAACAACUGUCUUAAUGGAGGAUGUCAAAGAUGAAGUGCAUUCAUUAGGUAAAACAGUAGAUGCAUUAGAAACACGUGUACCAUGAACGAUCCUGUUGGUGAUGACUCUGAGGUCAGUUCAUAUGUUGCAAGGAUUAUCAUAGAAGCGAGUGAUCAAAAACGAAAUCAGUUAGUUGAUGACAGUUGUGACACAUGAACUACACCCGCUAGUUUAAAUAUGUUAUGACAUGAUCAAAAAUGUGUAAUUGUUUGGGUUGUUUUAGCAGACCGUAACAGGUAGAAUGAAUGAAGGCAAUUGUGAAAACAUUACAGGCGUGUGCGCACACAUACAAACACAUUCUCUCUCUCUCUCUCUCUCUCUCUCUCUCUCUCUCUCUCUCUCUCUCUCUCUCUCUCUCUCUCUCUCUCUCUCUCUCUCUCUCUCUCUCUCUCUCUCUCUCUCUGUGUGUGUGUAUGUGUGUGUGUGUGUGCACAAUACAUUCACCAUCUGUGAAAUGGCAAACACCAUUUGGUUUUAUAUAAAUAUUAAUAAGAAAUGAUCUGCCGUACGAGAUCACCAUACAACUCUAUUAGUCCUCAAGUCGCUGAGGUGUCGAGAGACGAAUGGUUUUUAUAGUGGGUAGUGUAACGAAAUGAAUUGUUAGCACGCAAGUAAGUCGUUCUCGACUCAGACAGGUUGGGUUUCAAGCGUUAUAAAUUAACUCGCUAUCUGCUCACUUAAUGACCGUCAGGCAAAUACUAACACAUCGACCAGAACACGUUUUGUAUAGAAUGUAUAGUGUUUGGAUGCCCUAGUCUUUGGCCAGAAGAGGUUUUGUACAGAAUUUAAAUCAAAUAUGACAGUAUUUUGAUUCUGACACAACGGCCAGAGCACGUUUUGUACAGAAUUUACUUCUGAUGUGACAGUGUUUUGAUGCCAACACUUCGACCAGAAUUUACUUCUGCUAUGAAAGUGUGUUGAUGCUAACACAUCGACCAGAAUUUACUUCUGCUAUGAAAGUGUGUUGAUGCUAACACAUCGACCAGAAUUUACUUCUGAUGUGACAGUGUUUUGAUGCCAACACGUCGACCAGAAUUUACUUCUGCUAUGAAAGUGUGUU